AUGACUACCGCAAAGCUCGAAGUCACAAACAGAGUUCCGGUGGUUGUUUCACCAAGCAAAGCUGAGGUAGAAGCCGGCCGACUUAGCGAGCGAAACCUAGAACUUGCUGUAAGAAGUGUCCUCCAGGACGGUCUGGUCGUGAUCAAGGAUGCCAUCAAUCACGAUGUGCUCGACAAAUUGAACGCCAAGAUGAAAGAAGAUGCCGUCACACUUCGCAACGCAGGAGACAGCAGUCCGUUCAACUACACCAAGGGCAACCUUCAACAAGACGCACCUCCUGUUAGAGCCCACUUCGAGCCGACCAUAUUUCUCAAUUCCCUUGCGACCCAGGUUACCUCUUCGGUUUUGGGUCCACGGCCGAAAUUGACCUUUAUGUCGGGAAACACCGCGAUGCCGGCAACCGAAGACGACGUACCCCAAAGGCAGCCGGUUCAUGCAGACUCGGACUUCAGACAUCCUUCACAUCCUUUUGCGUUGGUUGUCAAUGUCGGACUUGUGGACAUGAAUCCGAACAACGGGUCAACAGAGCUAUGGUUGGGAACACACAACACGACCAGCGUUGACGACCAGGAAGGCGCUCAUGGGGAACGUGCAAGUGGCAGGAUUAAAGAGGCUUUGCUGGAGAGGCGACGUGCAGUUUUGGCUCCCAUGCAACCCACGAUUUCAAAGGGAUCACUCAUAAUCCGUGAUCUCAGGCUGUGGCACGCUGGAAUGCCGAACUUGACCCCGGAAUUCCGCAUCAUGUUGGCAAUGAUUCAUUUUGCGCCGUGGUAUCGAAAUCAAAUGCGCCUGGAGCUCGGCGAAGGCGUUCGAUCUUUGGUAGAGGCCGAGAAAGACCUCGACAUCCGAGCGGAUUUCAUUCCAGAGGAGGAAGCAGUGAAGCGGUACCUGCAUCGGGGUUUUGGGAACAGCUAUGACUUUAGUCAGAGCCCUUGA